CAAUAUGAGCGUUUAUACCGUUUCUUGAGAAAACGCGCGACGUGACGAAAUUCCACAGUCGUAAAAUCGCGCGUCGAAAGUGUCAUCCGAUCGCGCGCCGUUUGCGGAUUGAGUGAGUGAUAUAGUGUCGUGAUUGGUUUCGUUUCGUACACCGGAAUACGAUUUUUGGUUAGUUUCCAAGCUUCGAAAGGAUAUCGCCGCUCGUCGGUUCAUUUGCCUCGAGGAAUUGCUUUCAGUGAAAGGAAUUUCUCGACUUAGGCUAGGAUGUCACAUCACAGCGACGACAACAUGCUGAUAGCAACCUCGGACUCCUUCUGGGAGCCGGGUAAUUACAAACGAACGACCAAGAGGAUCGAGGACGGGCACAAAUUGUGCGACAGCUUGAUAACUUUGGUCCAGGAAAGGGCGGAGAUCGAGAAAAGUUACGCGAAAGCAUUGAAGAAUUGGUCGAAAAAUUGGAACGACAAGAUCGAGAAGGGGCCGGAAUAUGGAACCACCGAGGCUGCCUGGAAAGGUGUCCUCGUCGAGUCGGAAAGGCUGUGCGAUCUUCAUCUUAGGGUCAAGGAGAAUCUCUGUAACGAUAUCAUUCAGCAGGUGAAAACGUGGCAGAAGGAAACGUAUCACAAAUCGAUGAUGACGCUGAAGGAACGGAAGGAGAUGGAGGACGCGUUCAAGAAGGCGCAGAAACCGUGGGCGAAGCUUUUGCAAAAGGUGGAAAAAGCGAAGUCUGAGUAUCACAACAGUUGCAAAACCGAAAGGACAGCGGCCAACAUGGAAAGGAACGCAUCGGCGGACAGUUCGCUUUCCCCUGACCAGAUGGCCCGAGGUUCUGAAAACAUGACAGUUUGUGGAUGUGAUGCAUGGGCCCUCAGAAUACGAAAAGCCUUUAGGAAAUCUAAAAUAGGAGACGUUCAGCUUAAAGCUCUGCUGGUGAGGAAAAUGCAAGACAGGGUGCAGAAGACGAAGGAAGAAGUUCAAAAGGCGAAAGAAAAGUACGAAGCGGCGUUGCAGGAGAUUAAUCAGUACAAUCCUAAAUACAUGGAGGAUAUGACUCAGGUGUUCGAAAAGUGUCAAGAGAUGGAGGCGCAGCGGUUACAGUUCUUCAAAGAGGUCCUAUUUGGCAUUCAUAAAUGCCUCAAUAUAUCUCAGGAUCCGAUAUUACCACAAAUAUACGAAGAAUUCUAUCACACAAUUAAUAACGCGGAUCAUGAGAAAGAUCUGAAAUGGUGGUCGAACAACCAUGGUGUAAAUAUGGCAAUGAACUGGCCACAAUUCGAGGACUACACAGAGGAGUUCCGUGACAUCGCCAAAGGCUCGAAGUCAAAGGAGGCACUUCCGGCUGGCUCCAUCACGCUCAUCAAUCAACGUCCGGUCGGCGAAGAUGUGCAUGAAUACCCACCUGUUAAUAAUAAAUCAAAAUCGAAGCCCACUUCCCGAGUGAUAUCAACAGAUGUUAGUCAUGCAGACACAAAAACGGAUACGAUUAACUCCAGCAAACAUUCUUCAGAGAAGAACAAUCACGAUGGCAAUGCAGUAAAUAGGACCUCCACGAUGACUAAUGGUACAAAUGUUAAGCAAGAAUCAAAUCCAUUUGAAGAAGAAGAAUGGGAUGAAGAUAGUGGUGAACCAUUGGUUGAUAAUGGAGAACCUGGAGUUCUUGUACGCGCGUUAUAUGAUUAUGAAGGAGCUGAAGCAGAUGAACUUAGUUUUAAACAAGGCGAUGUAUUUGAUAAAUUAGAAGACGAAGAUGAACAAGGGUGGUGUAAAGGACGAAAAGAUGGUAGAGUGGGUCUUUAUCCUGCAAAUUACGUAGAACUUGUGUCUCCGUAAAAUUACCAUGUAAUGCCAAAUUAUAUGAACAUUGUUAGUUACUUAACACGUAACGCGUAUGGAAAAAAAAGAAUUUUUAUUUUGUUGUUUAUUUCUCUAUGAAAUAGCAUGUUCGUUAAAAAGAAGAAAAUUUGUAAAUGUCGUUAAAUAAGAAUUACAUGAGACUUUAUAUUAGAAAUCGUUCAUUUCGUGUAUUAUACAUAUAAUGAGCGCUAAAAAAGAUGAAAAAAGUUAUACGAUAAACCUUAUGGUUCAAAUUAUAAGUGAAUUUAAAUUAAAAUUCAAAAAAAUUAUUGUAAACAUGAAAAUGAAAAUGCAUAUAUUUACUUCAUUCUACUUCUCGGUUCGAUGUAGGGUCGAUGCAAUAAAACUUAAAACGAAACUUUUACUUUGACGAGUAAUAGUUUUUCGUAUAUAGCUAGGAUUUUCUAUAUCCAUCUUUAUAAAUUAAAUACGUGCUAAAUAAGAUGGAUAUGUACACCAUGAAUUAUAUUAUAAGUUUAGAUUUUUGAGGUAAUGUACAAUUAUACAUUUUUCGACAUUAUUAAUAUUGUUACUAUGAAAUAUUUCGGCGAAUGCGACGAAAAGUAUAUUUAAUUUAUUGUUAUUCAAAUGAUACUAUUAAAACCUAUUCUUUCUGAAUGGUAUCAUUGUAUAUAAUAGAUUUAAGAACGUAAACGAUAUGUAAAGUUACAAUUGUUUAACGAAGUUGAGAUUUUAUGAUGUUCAAAGUACAUUAGUACGAAAAGUAAAAAAAAAAGCUUGAGAAAUGUGUACAUGAAAUGUACCCAACAAAUAAAUUUGGGACCCAGAAUUGUCCAAUUUUUUCGUUUUUUUUCUAAUAAUUACAAUGUUCUAAUAUUAAAAAAAAAUUAUUUAUAUAUAAAAAAUCAAAAUAUAAUUAAAAAUUAUAAUCUGAAAAUAUUUGCUUUUUGUACAUAAUUUCUUAUAUCAAGGCAAUGUUGAAUGAUCGUUUAUGAAAAUGAAGUCAUAAUACCCUUUUUUUAAUUAAACAAAAAAUUUUAUAUAAAAUUAAAUGUACAGCAUUGAAGGUAUUUCAUAUAAUCAUUAUUAAUUUUUUAAUAAAUGUAUCACAAUUUCAGAAAUAUGGAAGUGAAAGCGCAAAAUAAAUUGAAAACAGUUAAAUAUGUUUUUUCAUAAUAAAUUAUUUGAUAAUUAAUUAAUUAAAUUAAAUAUUCAUCAUUGAUAUCAAUAUAUCUUUAUGAAUACAUGCUUUCAAGAAUUCUAAUAUAGAAAUAUUCUUUUUAAGUUAAUAUAAAGAACAAUGUUGCAGAAUAACUAUGAAAUCAAACAAAUUAUAGAUUUAAAUGAUUGAAAAUGAAGCAUUUAUUAUAGUUUUCCAUCUAAUUAAAGAAAUUUUAGAAAUAUUAAAGUUGGCAUUAAUAAAAUCAUUUGUUAUUUAAAUAUCACAAUUUUGCUAAGCGCUCAGAAGGAUCAAUUUCAACAAAUCAAGUCAAAUUUUCAUAAUAUAUAAUGAUAAAUGCUAAUUAUUCGUCACGAAUAAAUAAUGUGUUAUUAUACACAGUAUUUAUGUAAAUAUAGUAGAAUAUAAUAACAUUUACAAUUCAGCCAGUGACUGAUUUUUGUAAUUGUUUAUAAUUAGUCCUCCAAAUUAUUUUCUGUAAAGAAUGUUCGCGAUUCCAUAAUAUUGUUAAAUAGACUAUAGUUUGUGUAUAAAAUUUAUUAUGUAUAACUUAAUAAAUGACAUAUGUACGAAA